CACAGUUCCAUUCUAUCUACAAAGAAAGAGAGGGGAUACAUACACAGCACCGUCGAUGGCGCCCAACAGCUUCUCAUUGUCCACCCGCCUCCCUCUACCCAAUGGCCUCUCGAUUCCCCAGAUACACUUGGGCGUGUACUUGAUGUCAAACCGAGAAGCUUCGCAGGCGGUCAAAUGGGCCCUGGAAGCGGGCUAUCGCGGAGUCGACAGUGCUCAGAUGUACCGAAAUGAACGAGCCUGCGGUCAGGCCAUCUUAUCCUUCCUCAAUGACAAGUCCAGCAACACCGCGGGCCUGACCCGGGAGGACAUCUUCUUCACCUCUAAGUUGGCGACAAACACUAACUAUGACGCUGCUCGCCGCUCCAUUAGACAAUCAGUGGAAGCAAGUGGCCUAGGUUAUAUUGACUUGUUCCUUCUUCACAGCCCCUACGGCGGGAAAACCGCUCGCCUCUCUAGUUGGAGAGCUGUUGAAGAUGCCAUCCAGGACGGCGAAAUCAAGCUUGGAGGCGUCAGUAAUUUCGGGACCAAGCAUUUGGACGAGCUUGUCGCCGCGAAGCCGCGCAUCAUGCCCUGUGUCAAUCAGAUCGAAGUCCACCCAUUCAAUACGCGAACAGACAUUGUCGAAACGUGUCGCAAGUAUGGAAUUCUGGUCGAGGCCUACGCUCCUCUUGCAAGAGCCCUUCGCAUGAAGCACCCGACUAUUGUAUCGCUGUCUAAGAAAUACCAAUGCACGCCUGCGCAACUGAUGGUCAGGUGGAGUCUCCAACACGGCUAUAUUCCACUGCCUAAAAGCGUAUCUCGAGACCGAAUCAAGGCAAAUGGUGAUGUUGGCCAUUUUGAGAUAUCCAGCGACGACAUGCAGAGCAUGGACGGGUUAGACGAAUACUUGGUGACUGACUGGGAUCCGGUCGACGCAGACUAAAGUCUAGCUUGCAGUUGUACGGAUGACCAAGCGCCAUUUCAACUGGAGGGGCACCUAAGCGGGCGCGGGUUCUUACCAUUCCAAGCAAAGUCCCGGGUGGCAUCCAUUUGAACACUGCAUAUCUAUCCAGGUGGUUCCUGUCAGGUGACACCACAAUAGCCAACAGAACCACGAACGAUAUCCUUCCCAGCAGCCCGGCCGACGCAGAAGCAGCAGGUAAAGCUGACCCCGCAGCUACCAGAUGAUGUCAACGGCGUUGUGUUGCACUGGGCUGCAGGCCCCAGGCUUCUGAGGCUCGAGCAGAGAAAAGUCACUCUUUUCCUGUGUCUUGCCACUUUGGAUACCGCGGUAUGAUGGAAGACGGGAGGGUGUUGAAAGCAAGUUGGAGCAGCAACGGGGUCCAAAAGCUCUAGGUAUCCCAUGCAACGGGUGAUAAAACUCGUCCAAAGUCAUGUCUCAAGAGACAAUCAAAAGUUCAGGGAAAGCCCCCUACCCCCCCGCAUCAUUGUUACAGCGAAAUUUGUACUCCCUAUCUCGGGCCCGAGUUUUCGCUUCGUCUGUCGAGCGAGAUGACAAGUGCUGAUCGAUUGGAAACAGAAGCAAGACGCGCACUUGAUGAACGGAUGAUCUUCCAGCUAAAGCACGGUAUCCCUUGUCAUCAGACAGCGAUCCAGGGCUUAUCCAAGCCCAACAGCCUAAGCAUUCUGGUUUGUUCAGGGCGAAAAUGUCCAGCUGGCAGAAAUAAGGUUGGUCCUCCAGGCAAUACGCCUUGCAAAAUUGCGGCCACUUUGGAAAGCCUAGCGGGGGUAGAGAGACCAACAAAGGUGAUAUUAUUCGGAGAACUGGGGAUCUUCGGCCAUGCUCGGAGCUCGAAAUACCUUUCGUGUUCGAUUUGUCCGUGCUUUGUCACUGGCGCAUCUGAAGGUGCGCAGAGGUUUUGCAAAGGACUCGGAAAAGCUGGCCAUGGAGAGAUUAUCCCGCGAUGACUUGCCGUCCUUUUGCCACAGAGAACAGGAAAAAGCAAAACAGAAGAAGAGAAAUAAAAAAAACAACGACAGUCAACAAAAUAGUAGCCACCAGUGGCUGGCAUGGACCUCUCGCACCGAGUCUUCUGUCACGGUCUGUCAGAAGAAAGCUUACUUCAGCGACUGGCUGUCCCGCUUUCCACGUUUCUUUCGCCCCCAGCUUUUGUCCCUCACCCGCCUCGCUUGCAAGGGCCAAGUAAUACGGUGAUUCUCGACCGCUCGCUCAUUGUCGCCCGUGCUUAAGGAUGAAGUGGCCCCUGGAAGUAUUCCUUUGUCUCGGCCUCAAUAAGCCCGGGAAGAGGAUCGGAGAAAAGAGAGUGCUUACGGUCAAAUUUCAACUGCCGUUGGCUGGAAGGAUCCUGAGGGCUCCGGUAUAUCAGUCAGUUCUGUCCCGAGUGCCUUGUACCUAGCAAGGACGCUCAAAGGGGGAGUGGGACUUGGAUCACGAUCUGCGCCCGUUGCAAGUCAAGUCGACGAGUUCCUUGCCUGUGCCGCAAGCUAGGAUCGCCACCGAGACGCUCCCGUCGUCGAGCACCGUUCAUAUCGCGAAGAGCCAGGGCUGGAGUCGCGACAAGAGUCUGAGCAUCCGUAUAAGUACCAAGGACGAGGUAUUCCGUACGCAGCCACUGUUGGGCCUCUUCGACCCGGAUACCUGCGUCUCGCUGCGAGGAAGGUGGUCACUGUGGGUGGCUGGCAAUUUUCUACGCCUCAAUCAGAGCGCAGGCACGCCGUCUGUCGGCCUCUGGGCUUUUGCUGAGUCAGGCUGCAAACCCCCCUGGUCUCUUCAUUCGAUUAUCUUUGGUUGGGCGGCAGCCGUUACAUUAGGUGCAGGGGUGGCGUUUGGUGGAAGGGGGGUUGCUUGUCGUGGGACACCGCAAAGGCCAAGUUACCACUGGAUGCCCAUCGACAAUUUGAUCUUCGCCGGGGAUUAGUUUCCUCCUCGUGAACUUGGGAUUUUCUCACUGGUUGCUCUGGACCCCGUGAGGCGUGGCUAAUUGCUGCCUUAGUCAUGAAAGUACGAGUGUAGUGUACCAUGAGGGUGCCAUGUACCGG